AUGGCAUCUGGAGCGAGUGCGGAACAUCUGUGUGGUUUUCUGGGGCUACCCGGGGUUGCGUUUCUCCGCAGAGGAACAGUCGUGCGUGCGGCAGAGCGGAGGCAGUUGGCGUCUCCGGGAGUCCGGCGAAGAGCACCCGCGUCGCGCAGACGAGAACGCAGCACACGGACGCUGGUUCAGGAGUUUUCGCGACGUGGUCAGGAUGCCAUUGACUCGCGUGUACCGGAGCUUGUGGAGGAAGUCGACCCUGGCAUCGUGCCAGGCGUCAGUCUGCGCAUCGUUCGUUACCCGCACCGCGUCCUCCGGGCACCGAACGAACCGGUUACCGUUUUCGACGACGCUUUGCUGAAACUCGUACGUGACAUGUUCAAGGUUAUGUAUGCAAGCAGGGGCGUUGGACUUGCAGCUCCGCAAGUUGGUAUCAACAAACGGGUGAUGGUCUUUAACCCAAAAGGUGACCCCCGGGCGUGGCUGAGCGAGGUUGCGCUCGUGAACCCGCGAAUCAUUGAGCGAAGCGAGGCCACGGAGGAGGGUAUGGAAGGCUGUCUCAGUUUCCCAGGGGUAUCGGGCGAUAUCGAGCGCUCGCUCAUGAUCAAGGUGGAGGCGAUGAAACCGAACGGGAAACGCUUUCAGGUCAAGUAUCAGGGUUGGACGGCCCGAAUUUUCCAGCACGAAUACGACCAUCUGGAUGGCGUGCUCUUCAUUGAUCGGAUGAAACCGGCGGUGCGGGAGCAGAACCGCGGGGCGCUCGAGAACCUCAUGCGGCAAGUGCCCGAGUCGGAGCGUGCCCUCUGA